UGGGUAAUCCUCAGAGUAACGGAGGAUACAUGUAGAGCCCUUCUCUGUGCGUGCUGCUAAAAGCUGAAAGAGUUAAGAAGAUUUAGCAGCUCCACAGCAACCAGCCAGCCGGUGAGGGAGGAACAGGCUUCCGGUGGCCAGAGGCAGGCGGCUCACUUGCUCUGGAUUAAGUGGGAUCGGGAGAGAUUACAGCCCUCCCUCUCUCUCUCUCUCUCUCUCUCUCUCUCUCUCUCCCCCGUUCAGCUCGAUGAAAGUGUAGCGCUCUGUCCACUCUCCCAGGAAUAUUUUCCCAUCAUAUCGACAUUUACCUGCUGCUGUGCUGGAGCUGCAACCUGCAGGAGGAGGAGGGUAACGGCGCAGCGAGUCCCCCCCUGAGGCUGCAGGUGUAGCGGUUACUGCCCGUCCUGGUGAGCGGUCAGCAGGUGGUUGGGGUCGAGGGUCAGGUGUUCGGUGACCAUGAGGCAGGCGGUCGAGGCUCAGGUGUUAAACCCGCACUGUGAGCUGGGAGAGCACGGUCUGCGUCAGAUCCUGUCGGACGUCAUAGAGGAGGUGAGGCAAUCUGUGAGCCAGGACAUCGACGGAGCAGAGAUCCUCCACAGUCUGCUCAACGCCGCCUGGCUCCACUCGCUGCUCAAGGUUUAUGAGUGUCUGCAAAGAUAUCUGAGAGAUUCUCCUGCCCCGGCUCUGGAUUACGCUUCAGGUCUCUCGCUUGAGGUGCUGAUCGAUAUCAGGUCGUUACCGAGCUGCUCUGAAGAGGCCAUAGAGCUAUACCGUCUCCUGCAACAGCCGCACCUGCAGGCUCUUCUCUCGGCUCAUGAUACAGUAGCCCUGAAGGACUAUGAACCGGUGCUGCCGCCGAUGCCGGAAGACCUGCCGGACGAUGAGGAGGCCACCCGGAUCGUCUGCCUGGUGAAGAACAAACAGCCUCUGGGAGCAACUAUAAAGAGAAACGAGAUCACAGGGGAGAUUUUUAUAGCUCGGGUGAUUCAUGGAGGGCUGGCAGAUCGAAGCGGUCUGCUUCAUGCAGGGGACCGGAUCAUAGAGGUCAACGGUUUUCCUGUGGAUGGGAUGGAGCCUGAGCAAGUCAUCCAAGUUGUGCAAGCUCGGUCACAAGGCACCAUCAUGUUUAAAGUCAUUCCCAUCACAGAAAGGCCGAUUCACAAUCAGACCAUGUUGUAUGUGCGGGCCAUGACCGACUACAGCCCUCAGCAGGACCCGACCAUCCCCUGCGCCGACGCCGGCAUGAGCUUCAGAAGAGGAGACAUCCUGGAGAUCGUGGAUCAGACAGACACCCUGUGGUGGCAGGCAAAGAAACUCCCGAGCAACACGGCAUGUGCCGGCCUCAUUCCCUCCACCAGCCUGCUCAAACGUAGGAAGCAGAGGGAGUUCUGGUGGUCUCAGCCUUACCAGCCACACACCUGCAUACAGACCUUGAGCACUGUGGAGGAAGAGGAAGACCUGAUGGCCAUUGAUGAGAAAUGUGUGGAAGCAGACGAGGAGGCGUUUGAAUCUGAGGAGCUCCGAGAAGAGGAUGACGACUUCAGCAGUAACAUUGAAGGAAUAUAUUUAGCGGGCUUUAGGCGCAGCAUGCGCCUGUGUCGGCAGCGGGCUCACAGCACCACCCAGCCAUCCUACCACACCCGCUGCCCCAGCAGUUCCUGCACUGGCCUCAACAGCCCCUACGAGGAGGUGGUUCGCUACCAGCGCCACCCAGAGGAUGUACACCGCCUCAUCGCCCUCUUAGGUCCGUCUGGUGUAGGUGUAAAUGAACUUCGAAGGCGCUUGGUUGAGAUGAACCCAAACAUCUUCCAGGGACCAGUGCCGCACACUACGAGAGCACCAAGAGGGUACGAGGAGUCCGGCAGAGAAUAUUUCUUCAUUGGCCGGGAAGUCUUUGAGAGCAUGGUUUAUCAUAACAGGUUUCUGGAGUACGGUGAGUACAAAGGGAACAUGUACGGCACCAGCAUCCAGUCCACGAGGGACGUUUUAAACAGCGGAAAGAUCUGCGUCAUCGACAUCGAGCCCAACGCCCUUCAGGCAGUGAGGACACACGAACUGAGGGCCUACGUCAUCUACGUGAAGCCUCCGCCUCUGGAGCGCCUCAGGGAGACGAGACGAGACGCGUACAUCACCACCAACUACUACGUCAACCGACCGUUCAAAGACGAAGACUUCCAGGAGAUGGAGGAAGCAGCCCGGAAGAUCGAGUCAAACUACUGGCAGUUCUUUGAUCAUGUGAUCGUCAACGAUGAGCUGCAGGACUCCUGCGUCCAGCUGCUGACGGCGGUGAUGAAGGCGCAGGACGAGCCUCAGUGGGUCCCUGCCAGCUGGAUCCGACCUACUGCCGAUUCCUAGGUCACAGCAGUGACAUAUAUACAUUUUUUAUUGUACAGAUUUAAAAAAUGUAAAAUCAGUGGUUGCUUUUCUAAAUAUGCUGAUCUUUGUGUAUGUGUGUGGCGCGCAUGCGCUGGUCUUUAAGUCUCUUCAAAUCCCCGAAGAUGAAAUGAAGCUGGACUGGAGCCCAAAGAAAUCCCUGAAUCUGUGUCAGUUCUGCCACAGUUGUGUUUUUUCAGUCAGCAGUAACACAUUCAGCUUUCAGUGUUUCUAACUCUUCAUUGCAAGAUGCCUGCAGGACUUUCACAUGCUGUGCAUGCAGCUUGAAUUCAAACAAAACUGGUUCAUUUCCUGCCCUGCGCCCUCCUCUUCUGCACAGAUCUCCAAUAAAGGAUGUGAAGCUGUAAA